AUUGUGACAGCUAUGUCUAUGAUUGUGUUUGAAUAAUCAAAGUCUCUGAAAGUCGCAUUGAGAAUAUUUUGAAGCUAAUGUUUAAAUGAUGGAUGUGAUUUAUAUUCAAUUCGUGGCUUCCAUUAUCUACUUCAUACUCUUAGCACGCGGCAAAGGAACUGACGAAAUUGUGAAUCAAGAGGAAGUGGAUUUAUCCAGAGAAUACAGAGGUCAGAGCAACAUGGGGAAUAGGUUCCUACUGACCUUUCCCACCUCAUUGACAACCAGCACCACCCUGCUCUUUGUGACUCCGCUGACAGAGUUGAACAUAUCACUGCAGACAGUUGGCUACGAUGAAAUCUCUAGUCUCAAUGUGAACAUGACGAUCGGAAGAAAUAGAAGAGUCAAUUAUACAAUAGACACCAAAUAUAAUUUCAGAUUAGGAAAUGGACUGAAGUGGACAUUUCAUUUAAAGUCAGACAAUAUCUUCAGUGUCUCUGCCAUGUUAUAUGACGAAACGAAUUUAGCGACUUUUAUUGCUCUGCCAAUAGUUAAUUGGGGAAAGGAAUACUUUGUAUACACCCUGAAUCGAAGUCCGUUCAUUGAAAUUAUGGCGGGCUACAAAUCGAGUUCUGUGAGUGUGCUCUUUCGGAUUGCCUUUGAAAGUCAGUACAAUUUUACACAUGCCGGUCAAAACUAUUUGGACAGCAGCACCUUUUCUGUGUCCCUUGCAAGCUUUCAAGCCUAUGAAAUAUCAUUAUGUCUGGUAGAUAACAAGAUGGAUUUCUCAGGGUCAAAGGUCAGCGCUGAUUUUCCUAUUGGAGUUAUAUCUGGUAGCUGUUCAUUUGAAGCAAAUUGUUCAGACGGUUCAAAAACUGUAGACAUGGCUGUGGAAAUGAACGUGCCUGUCAAACUGUUUAGCGCUACUGCUCACAUAAAUCCUACUUACUCGAUGGUAAAGAAUGAUACACUAAUUAUGAGAAUCGGCACGGCUAUAACCUCUACUUCUGUUUGCCUUGGAGAAGGUCUACCUCAAAACGGUGAACUAUCUAGGAAAGAACUAUUUUCAGUGUGGAAUGCCACUCGAGUCACAAUUACCAAACAGGCGUAUUUAACUCAAACGUACGAGUGUGAAGGAAUGAACUCUCCGUUGCUAAGUCUUGUCGCUCCAAGGGAAUUUUUUUUUCACAGAUACAUCUUUAGUGUUCCGUCUCUAAACUCAGUGGCCCACUUUGUUCUGUUGGUCAAACUCACCAACGACACACUCACGCUGGACGGUACUAACAUCACAUCUGUUAACUGGAUGAACAUGUCUAGCGUUGACGUCAGCGGGUACUUGGCUGUUGGAGACGGGCUCCAUGAAGCUACGUCGUUAGGAAAAUCUCCAUUUGGUUGUUAUCUCUACGGCAAUCGAAUUAAUGAUCAUGCAGCCUACAUGUAUCCCGCUGGACUAAAGAACUUAUUAAACUAUGAGGAUUGCGAAAAACCGUUUCCUGUUGCAAGGAAUGACUUAUUAGAUGAUGAUUGUGAUAGACUGAUAGAUGAAGAAAAGCUAGAUGAUAUAGAUAAUGACCUGGACGGAAGUGUUGAUGAAGAUCUCGGACCAGAAGAAAUACAAGCCCAUUGCAUUGACAACGCCAGUUGUGCUAUUGGCCAAAGAAUUUGUCCAAUGGGAUGUGCACCUGGGUACAUUGGACAUUGCUGUUUCAAAGUCAAUUCUCCCCUCUUCCGCUGCAUCCCAUACACGGGAAUGUGCUUCCAUUGUUUGUUAAACUAUUACGGCAGUUAUUGUAAUAAAAGAUGUAGUCCAGGCUGUGCCGAUAAUGUAUUUUGUCACCGUGAUAAGGGCACCUGCGCAUGUCGAGAAGGUUAUUACGGUGAAACCUGUUUAAAAAUCGGAUUUCCAAACAAUAAAAGUCGGUCAUGCUAUUGUGCCGAUGGGAAUUGUUCAGAAAUGGAUGGCAGUUGUCUGAGCACAAACCGAUGUAUCGUAGGAAGGUUCGGCCUCUCUUGCCAGUAUAAGGACAAAGCCCAGGAUGCCCUGCUAGAAGCCAUUGAAGAAGCUGAUCUCCUAGUUGACAACGACGACUCAACGUGCGUCAAUGUUACAAACAAUACGAUCAAUGCUUUCUGGACGGAGUUUGUUCGUAUUGAAUGGUUUCGAUUGGUUUUCUAUAUUGAAGACAGUUCUAGAAACUUUGAAAUUAAGUAUGUGGGUCCGAACCAGACCUACCCGUGUUCACAUCCCGUUGUUCUUUAUCCACAUGACCCAAACAGAACAGUGGAUAUCAUUUGCAAGCAGUCCUAUAAUGUCAAAUCUAUUACCGUCUCCUGGUCAGGAGAUACGACUAUUUGCUCAUAUUACUUUAGUGGAGGCAGGACCUUAGCUUUUCUGAGUGUGAUCGAUGCAAUUAUACAGACUCCAAAAGACAUUAACAAGACACGAACAACUGCCAUGACAGAUGGAGACUUCACAAGUUGUCUAACGCUAAAUUCCUCCACACGGCUGGAGUUGUGGUUCCCGAAUCACAUUGUUGUCAGCGAGAUUGUUAUAUACAUAGAUUUCAACCAGACUGAUGAUUUCAAGAACUUUACCAUCGCUUUUAUUGAUGGUAAUGUGAAAGUGUACAACGCAACGACCUCCAUGGAGGAUAUGUUUGUUCAGAGAGCAGUGCUACGAGUAGCGAGCACAGUCACCACCUUGGAAAUAUCCGUAGUCAGUGGCUCACAGCGCAUCUGUGAGCUGGAAGUCAUUGGAGAUUGUCAAGCUCCAAAUACCGGCUUUCUCUGCGAGCAGCACUGUAAGCAGGGUUGUAAAGAUAACGCUUGCGAUUACAACGGCACGUGCUAUGAAUGUAUUGGAGAAAGAUACGGGCGGUCUUGCACAGACUUGCAAGUAGACCUGGCCUCUGGAAUGGCAGAGAAAGCAUUUAACUUUUGGCCCUUCCUUCUUCUUCUGCUCUUAUUGUUACUGCUUAUCUUACUAUUGAUGUACUCCAGAAAGAAGAUGCCCGUUGUACAAGAGACAUAGGUGAAAGGUCACACUAGAAUGUGUACAAAUGUAAUUUCCUAAAGAGUUUGUUUGUUUUAUAUUGUGUCGUGUGCUGGACCUCAUUCACCAAAGAUGAACGGUCACGUGAUAUUAUUGAUUUUAUUUUUUAAAAACUGUCACGUGAUAACCAUUGUAGAUUAAAAUUAGAUCGUUAUUUGUAUAGAAUAGAUAGAGAAGCAUGUGACUCAAUGUUGUUUGUUUACGGUUGGUGAAUGAGGUCCAUUGAUUCUUAUAGCCUUCAGAAAUUAGCUUCGAAAUAGGCUGAAUCAAUGACAAACUAGGCUGAAUCAGUGACAAGGUUACUUAUAGUGCCGGAGUUUAGUAAGUGGAGGCCCUGAGAAGGAUUUCUGUGGUGGCCGCUAACCUACUCAAGCUUCUUUCAGUGUUUCCACCAAAGUGGGGUACGCGUACCCCAGGGGUAUGGGAAGACUUUGAAGAGGGUACGCGUUGCACCUCAUUAACUAUGCUUUUUUUUUAAAUAUUUAUUUAUCAUAUUCUUUCUUCUCAUAGAUACAAGGCGAGGGGUACUCAGCGUUACACAAAUUAUAAAAGGGUACACUGUAGUUAAAAGUUUGGGAAACACUGCUCUAUAUGACUGCACUUUAUAAUAUAACUAAAUCAUGACGUAUGUGAUACCAGCGAAGAAAGAGAGUAUAUUUUAAUUGAAACUUACAUCUAGCAUUGUAAAUCCGGCUCUGAAUAGACCUACUUGUCCAUGCAGCUUCUGCGUUGUGUAUCUGCCGUCUCAUGUUAGUGGAUCGCCCUGGACUACUAGGAUCAUCCAAAGGGCAGCAGGUCUCACGAGACGAUGCCUUAGCGCAUAUGGUUAGUGAAUUAAUACUGGAAAUGUCCUCCCAUUAAGGUCUCACCAGCCACACGAGGAGGAACAAAGCCGAAGUGCGAAACUCUCAGCCCCCCUGGAUGACGAAAGUGGUUAUCGUCGUAUCACGAUGGUCGGAAUGUAUAUAUUGAAGAUUUUCACGAUUAACUAAUCAAUGUCAAGGACGCUAAAUUACCCCCCCCCCCAAAUGUUGUCAACUGUAUUUUUUAAAUUUUGCUAAAAUUGUGUUAUUUUGUUAUUUAAUGCACUAGCUAAUUAUUUUAAUACACCAUUGUAUCCGCGAGUUGUAAAUUUGUUUUUAAAUAAAUUUAA